CAGCUUGGACACUUAGGUGUUUCUUAGCUUGUGCAGGCAAAUCUCUGCUGUAUCUGACUUGGAGCACGACGCCCCCGUAGCCUUCUGACUCCCCCACACCUCCCCAAUAACCUUUGGGCAAGUCUGGACUGAACUCAAUGAUUUUGAAAAAGUCAAAAGGCUUUUUCUUUGUUUUUGUUUCGUUUUUUAAAAACUUUGCAGAGUGGAGAAGAUUAAUGGGGGAGGGGAGUUCUUGCCAAAUAAGCUAUGUAUGGGCUGGAUGCUUCUAUACGUUGUCCAUCCCAGUUUCCCAGAAAUAAGUGUUUCUGUUCAGUUCUUAAUCUCAUGCCAAAAUCAAGGAGUUGGGGAGAGGAGGGAGGUCACAGAAAGUCAGGUAUGAGGGAAGGUUAAAGAAUCUCAGCCCUGAACCCUUCUAUCAGACCCCCCUCAGACAUCCUCAGGGUCUUCAAGAUUGUCACAGUGGGAAACCCCUCCCAUUCAAGGCCCAGGCUGGACUGAGGGGCUUCGUGAAGAGGUCGGUGGGAGGCGGGGGCUGGGGGCAGUUUCUCUCCUCGCUUGUCAACUUGUAGAUUCACAGAAAAAGGAAAUGGCAGUUUUAAAUAAAGAGAUUUCUUUUUCCCCUGGGUUUAGUUGAGAAUUUUUUUUUCCAAAAACAAAAAAAAACUCCCCCAAAAGAGUAAUUCUUACAAAGCUCUAAGAGGUUUGGGGCCAGCCCUCACUACAAAGAUGUAUCCAGAAUGACAACAGACCAUGUUGCCUAACCUGCCCAGGUCAAGACAGAGCACUAGUGAACCUCUGGGACCCAUGAAUGUGGUGGGCUGAAGGAAAUGAGGUCGUAUUGGUGUAGAAUCCAACCCCAGGGAGACGCUGUGCCUGGAGGCUGCCAGGGCCCUCAGGUGGGGUGAGGUUGCUUCUAGUACCUGAAGGACUCUUGUCCGAGAAGCAUGGAUUCCUGGCAUUCUCUGACAGAACAAGAUGGGAGAUGGGGGCAGGGUAGAGGGUGCAAGCCCCACCUAGGGCAGCCGCCAGAGUGGGAAGAGGGGCAGACAGAACCAGGAGCCUGGGAAGGAAACACCAUGCCGGCAGGGACAGCAGCUGGAGCCUGGGUGCUGGCUCUUGCUCUGUGGGGUGAGCCACUCCCAGCCCCACCAACUCUCCCCCUCAGCAGCCCUGCUCCCACCCCCCUAGUACCUCCUUUCUCCAUAGAAAUCCCCCUGAACCUGGGUACCACUUUCCAAAGACCCUCACCCUCCCUGUCCUACACCAACCAGCCCCACCUCUCCCCUUCCACCUUCCUACAACGAUGCUACCACCCAGGAGCCGUAGCUGGUGGUCAGAACAUCACAGCCCGGAUUGGAGAGCCACUUGUGCUAAGCUGUAAGGGGGCCCCUAAGAAGCCACCCCAGCAGCUAGAAUGGAAACUGAACACAGGAAGGACUGAAGCUUGGAAGGUCCUCUCUCCCCAGGGAGGCCCAUGGGACAGUGUGGCUCGAAUCCUCCUCAAUGGUUCCCUCCUCCUUCCAGCUAUGGGAAUUGUCGAUGAGGGAACUUUCCGGUGUCGGGCAACUAACAGGCACGGGAAGGAGGUCAAGUCCAACUACCGAGUCCGAGUCUACCAGAUUCCUGGGAAGCCAGAGAUUGUGGAUCCUGCCUCUGAACUCACAGCCAGUGUCCCUAAUAAGGUGGGCACCUGUGUGUCUGAGGGAAGCUACCCUGCAGGGACCCUUAGCUGGUACUUGGAUGGGAAACUUCUGAUUCCUGACGGCAAAGGAACAAUUGUGAAGGAAGACACCAGGAGAGACCCUGACACAGGACUCUUCACACUGCGGUCAGAGCUGACAGUGACCCCAGCCCCAGGAGGAGCCACCCAUCCUACCUUCUCCUGCAGCUUCAGCCUGGGCCUUCCCCGGCGCAGACCCCUAAACACAGCCCCCAUCCAGCCCCGAGUCAGGGAGCCCGUGCCUCCAGAGGGCAUUCAGCUGCUGGUUGAGCCUGAAGGUGGAACAGUUCCUCCCGGUGGGACUGUGACCUUGACCUGUGCCAUCUCUGCCCAGCCCCCUCCUCAGAUCCACUGGAUAAAAGAUGGCGCACCCCAGCCCCGUGCCCCCAGCCCCGUGCUGCGCCUCCCUGAGGUAGGGCAUGAGGAUGAGGGCAUCUAUAGCUGCGUGGCCACCCACCCUAGCCACGGACCUCAGGAAAGCCCUCCUGUCAGCAUCAGGGUCACAGAAACCGGCGAUGAGGGGCCAGCUGCAGGCUCUGUGGGUGGGUCUGGGCUGGGUACGCUAGCCCUGGCCUUGGGGAUCCUGGGAGGCCUGGGAAUAGCCGCCCUGCUCGUUGGGGCCAUCCUGUGGCGAAAACGACAAGCCGGACUCGAGGAGAGGAAGGCCCCAGAAAGUCAGGAGGACGAGGAGGAGCGCGCAGGGCUCAAUCAGUCGGAAGAAGCUGAGACGCCAGAUAACGGUGCAGGGGGACCUUAAGAGCACCCAGGCAGACCCUGUCUCACUCUUUCGACUUGCCCUUCAGUUGUGCUGGCCCCGCAGCUCCCCGUGUAUGAUCCCAAUUUGACCUUGAGGCACUUUCUUCUCCAACCAGAGCCCACAUGAUCCAUGCUGAGUAAACACCUGACAAAUGU